AUGGCGCUCAAAGGGUGGCUGAUAUAUAUUUGCAUGGAGCGACGACUCGUUGUCGACUCGGUGGCUCGAGUUAACUUGACUCAGCACAGCCUCCUCUUGCUGGCUGUCCUGUUUUCACUCUGUUCAAGCUCGUGGCGGUGCUGCGGCGGCGCUGCCGCCGCACAAGAGCUUCUGAAAGGCUUCAAAGCUACUCCAGAUCCCUCUGUUUCGUCUUUUCAGUCUCUUUUGAGAGAUUCCACUGGUAACUACUCACUGGGUUUCCUCCGAGUUGAGAAAACCCACCUCGCCCUCGCCGUCGUGCAUGUCCGGUCGUCGGAAUCUCUAUGGACGGCGAAGAUUAACCCUUUGCCGAGAUGGUCCGGCGGGACUGAGCUCUUGUUCAACGGCAGCUUGGUGGUGUCGGAUCCGAGGUCAGGGGUGUUUUGGUCAACUUACACCGACGGAGACCGCGUUUGGCUCUCCAACACCUCGAAUCUCCAAAUUCUGCAAGGCGUGAGCGUUGACUCUGUUUUGUGGCAGAGCUUUGACUUUCCCACAAAUACCCUCGUCGAGAAUCAGAAUUUCACUAGUGCCAUGAGCCUUGUCUCGGCAAACGGGCUUUAUUCCAUGCGAUUGGGCCCCGAUUUCAUCGGGCUCUACGCCAAGUUCGGUCACGGGUCGGGUCCGGGUCAAUUAUAUUGGAAGCACACAGCGUUACAAGCCAAAGCGGAAAUUAUAAACGGGCAAGGGCCCAUUUACGCGACACUCAAGUCGGACGGGUAUUUAGGUAUGUACCAAAACGGGUCGGUUCCGGUUGACGUGCAAUCUUUCAACAGUUACCAAGUAUUUGUAACCGGCGUCCGCCGUCUCCGUCUAGAACAAGACGGAAACCUAAAAGGGUAUUUCUGGACCGGGUCAAGUUGGGCCCCGGAUUACACCGCCAUACCCGACCCGUGCGAGUUACCAAACGCCUGCGGGUCGUACGGCCUGUGCGAGCCCGGCAAAGGCUGCUCCUGCCUGGACAACGCGACGGCACUCACCGCCUCGGGCACGUGCACCUCGCCGGAGAAUCAAGAUUCCGGCGACUCGCCGGAAAAUCAAGAUUCCGGCGACCUAUGCCAAGCGUUUCAGAGCAAAUACAAGACGCUGAGAAAGAACGGCGUGGAAUUGCCGUUCAAGGAGCUAAUGGGUUACGUAAAAAUGGAGUCUUUCGAGGAAUGCGAGAGUGCAUGUGAAGUGAACUGUUCAUGUUGGGGUGCUGUGUACAGUAACACCUCUGGGUUCUGCUACACGCUAGAAUACCCUAUUGGGACACUAGUGAGAGUCAUGGAUGAGAGCAAGAUGGGUUUCUUUAAGGUGAGGGAGGGUGCAGGGAGACGCAAGGUGAGGGUGGGGGUAUGGGUAGGGUUGGGGCUGUUGUGUGGGGCCAUCUUGGUGGUUGGUGGGGUAGGGGUGGGGUGGUAUAAGUGUAGAAAGGAGAAGAGAGGGGUGGGUGGGUAUGGAGAAGAAGAAAUUGGCAUUGGUGUUGGGCCAUACAAGCAUUUAGGUGCAGAGAGUUUUAGGUCAAUUGAGCUAAGCAAAAGAUGAGUAAAUUAGUGGUGCAAAUUGGAUAGCUUCUUGACUUUGAAACUUCUCGAUCAACUUUGUUUGUAGGUUUUUGGUGAUCUUUCUAGAGAACUCAACCAUUUUUAGUAACCUAUGUCACAUAAGUUGUUUGACUUCAAUUCAUGUAAUUUUUUUGGAGGACGAAAGAACUUUAAUUUGUAGUCACUACUCAAAAAUAUGUAUUGAGUAAAUUACUUUUAUUUAAUAGUUUGUAAAUUAUAUGAAA